CUCAACGACUUCAAUUCUAUGAAUUAAAUCCGCAGCCUCGGCCUCUCUCUCUCACUCUCCGAAAGCACGACAGAGACGGGAAGUGUCUGUCAGUCUGUGCUCCUUAAACUCUGCAACUAACUUUUCUCUCUCGCUCUCUCUUCUAGUUACUAUGGCAACCGUUUUCAGAUCUCGGCGAGACGUGGAGCCCCGAUCAGGGGGGAAAAUAGUGCGAGCCAGGCGAGCGGCGGGGUCGAGGACUCCGUACGAGCGGCCAAGAUUGGUGAGUCAGGAUCGUCCCGAAAACCCUAGUUGGCUCUCCAGGCUCCUCUACUCGCCUACUCGUAUCAUUGCUAGCGGCGCCGGGAAGAUACUCUCCACUGUUUUCUCUCCCUCGUCCUCGUCCUCGUCCUCUUCUGCCUCGUCGUCCAGUGGCGAUUCAGGUUCCGAGGAUGAUAUUGAGAAUAAUGAUGAUGAUGAUAUCUCUACCCGGAGGGCUAAUGGAUCGACACAGAAGGAUGGGUCAUCGGAGAUGAUCAAGUGGUUCAGGAAGGAGCCCCAAACCCCAGUUUGCAAGAGUGAGUCAAAGUGUCUAAUUGAACAGUUACUUAUGAAGGAGACCUUCUCAAGGGAAGAAUGCACUCGAUUAAUAAUGAUUAUUAAAUCAAGAGUUGUGGAUUAUCCCACCACUGAAGUUGCAGAGGAUGGGAGACCAAAUAUGGACAUGCCUGAUCUCUGCAGUACAGCCAUUAUGGAGGCAAAAAAAUGGUUAAAGGAGAAGAAGUUGACAAAUUCAAAGUCAGAGUUGGAUCAUGGAACCUGCACAUUAAAUUCUGUUAUGGUGCCACCGUUUACCGAAGUUGAAGUGGGCUCACCAGUGGAUAUGGCCAGAACGUACAUGCAGGGACGUCCUCCAUGGUCCUCUCCUUCUGCAAACCAUAUUGAAUGUAAAUAUUCAUCACCAAUAGGGAUACAGCUGUACAAGGAAGAAACUCCAUAUUCUGUUGGUGGGAAAUCUACGUCCUCUUUGAAGCUGAAAAGGGAAUCUCCAGGCAAUGGCUCAUGGAAUAUCCAGGAGGAAUUACGAAGAGUGCGAUCGAAGGCAACAGAGGAGAUGCUAAGGACGCUGCCUUCCUCCAAAAUUGAUUGGUCUGCAUUUGCUUUAGAACAUAAAAGUAGCCCAAAUUCUUUAACGACUGAAAAGCUAGAUGAUAGUACAGGAGAUAAAAUGCAGACCUCUACACAACCAAUAGAUGCAUCUUUGAACUUGGCCAUAGGACAAACGACAUCCCAUGGCUUCCCUGUUUUGAUAACACAAGAUGGGAUGCAAAAGGAAGCGUUGUCACCUAAUCCUGCUGUUAUCGCUUCCGAACAAAAUCAGGAUUUGGAAGCCACUCGGAUCAUUGAGGGAAAAGGAGGUGAUCUUUGCUCACGGGAUGUCGCAGAAGGGAUGGUGAGCCAGGGAGAAAGAAUUCAAUCAUCAGAAGAUAUGAAUACCAUAUCACACUGUGAUGCUGGUCCUGUCAAUGUUGAAGGGCUUAAGGAUGCUAUUGCGACAAAUGAGCAACAUAACUCUAUAGCGGGAGGAGCCAUACAAGAUUCAGCAUUACAUGACAUUGAAUGCUUAACGUCAAAAGAAGUUCCUGGAACAGGAGGUGCUAUUGCUGCUAAUGGUUUCCCUUCUUCAGGAUACAGCUUGCUUGCCGGACGGGAUACAGAACAAAAUCCGGUGUCAUGUGAUGCGGAACACAAUCCCAAUAGUUCCAGCCAUGAUACGAUAGCUGCAGAUGUCCCUAUGGAAGAAACGUGUGAGCUUCUGACUGAAGCUUCUAUCGAGGUCCCAAAUGUUGAUAGCAUAGCCGAGGGCCGUCCGGACAGUUCUAAUAUGCAAUAUGAAGAGUUAACAGAGGACCUCUCUCAGCCAAAUACAAAACACGAUGUGGAAGGCCUGACUAGCCGCGUUGUUGAGAACCGACGGGGAAAGAAAAUGAGCGGAUACAAUAGGAGGGGCAGGAGUAGGGCUAGAGGCAAAUGAUGCCAGAUUCUCCAUUUGUACUGUAUAUUUAAUUGUAAACUAGCCUAGGAAAUUAAGGAUAGUGCCACGGCAAGGCAUUUGUAAGUUAUGAGAUUGAUAACGAGGUCAUUUCGACUAGGCAGGAUCUUCUUUUCUUUCUUUUUUUCAACCUUCUGAGAUUAGGUCCCAAUUAGCCAGGCUUCCAAAAUUUGGGAAUUAUUGGGUGUAAGAACACUUGAAAUGCGAUUUGUGCACAGUAUGAUUUA